UGGCAGCCCUGUACUGUAAUAAUAUUUAUUGGUAACAAUUAAGUUAAAAAAAAAAAAUUAAUUACAAAUUUAUCUGAAAAGUAGUUAUAGUUACGUUUCCAAAAAGAUAUUUAUAAAUUUUAUAUACAUGCUAAGUUAGUAGUGGAAGAAAUUUUCGGACAAGAUUUUACUUGAAGACAAAAUAAAGAAGUUUCAAUUAUGAAUCGAGAUGAAGAUUUGUGCUGGUAUCACGGAAAACUUAGUCGAGAAAAUGCGGAAGAGCUAAUUAAAAACGGAGAAAACUUGGACGGAACAUUUUUAAUACGCGAAAGUAGUACGGCCACGGGAGAUUUUGUAUUGACAUUGCUUUUUCAAGGAGAAGUGUGCCAUUAUCAAAUAAGACGUCACGGUGAAGACGCUUUCUUCUCAAUCGAAGAUAAAAUAAAAAUAUUGCAUGGUUUAGAAACCUUAGUGGAUUUCUAUCAGCAGGCUGCAAACGGUUUAGUCACGAAGUUGACGAAAUUCAUACGUAAAGAUCCACCCCCUAAUGACACUCGGAGUCAAGGAACCAGCAACCUUCUACAUCGUGCAGUUAUGAAAAAUAAUUACGUAGUUGUUUCAGAACUAUUGAAAUGUGGCUAUCGUAAUAUUGAUGCCAAAAACCGCGAUGGUCAAACUGCUAUGCAUUUAAUCACUUUGCAUGGGGAUGAGAAAAUGCUCCAACUGUUAAUAAAAGCUGGUGUUAACGUCAAUUGUAUGGAUACCGCUAACUACAUGCCACUGCAUUAUGCUUGCCGGUAUCAAUCGGGAUCGUUUAUAAAAUCACUUCUUCUAGCACAAGCUAAUGUGCAAGGUCGUAAUAUAAAAAAUGGUUAUGUUCCUUUGCAUGAGGCUGCAAAAUACGGUAAUCUAGAAGCAGUGAAAGAAUUGCUGGGCUUUCAUGCGCCGCUUUUACCUCGGACAUCACUAGGCGAAUUUCCGCUUGACCUGGCGAAGCGUGCUGGACAUCGAGAAGUGGUUGCGUUUUUGGAAAGUUAUAUAUUGCCUCCAGCAAGAACUUCGAAAUCGCAAUGGUAUCACGGGACAUUAACACGUGACGAAGCAAUAGAAACUCUAAUGGAAUUUUCAAAAACUUUGCGAAAUACAAAUUCAGAAGGUGUUAACACUAGUACGAAUUCAUCCCCUGCCGAAACCGAUACGGCUGGUUGUUUUUUAAUCCGCUUCUCAGAUAGAAAAAGUGUUGGUUCUGGGUAUGUUUUGACGAUGUUCUCCGACAAUACCGUUAAAAAUUUCAUUAUUUCCCAAUCAUCCAAAUUUUUGUUUAUUGACGACGGCCCUUAUCUGCCAUCAUUAGAACACUUAGUUGAACAUUUUAUGCAUUUUGCUGACGGUUUGCCCGUGAAUCUCCGCUAUCCUAUUACACCAAAGCCAAAACCGCCGCUACCCUUAUUUUCUACUAUGCCAAGAACAAGUCAUAAAAAAUCUUUGGAUAUUCUUAUCGGUUUAGAAAAAGGAUCGGAUCAGUUGGAUGUAAAUAAAAAUACUUCGUACUGUACAGAGCAGUCCCAUCAGUUAUUCCAAAAUGCACAAAACAAUAAAAAAAGGUCAAAAGAAAUAUCAACAUCUGUUUUUAGUACACUUAGGUUACGCAGUCCCAGGAAAAAUGUGGAAAACAAAGGCACUUUACGAAAAGAAAAUAAAACAACGUCAAAUAUAAAUCCGACCAACGACAAGUUAAAAAUAUCUAGUGAAGAAGGAAUACAAAAGGCGGAGGAUUUUAUUAAAAAUCUUUCAUUCUCAACAGAUUUUAAUGAAUCGAACAUAUCCACUCCAUUAAUGAAUGAGUUUUAUAAUGUCCCUAAGAAUAAUUCAGUCGUUGACGUGGUUAAAAAGGCAUCGAACUUUAAAGAAGACUUAUCUCCGAAUGAUGAGGUUAUCAAAAUAUGUCUUGAAGAGAAGACUGAAGAUGAAGUUGACUACUUCACAAAAAGCGACGUGGUUAUUGAGCAUGAAAGAAAGCAAACCAUUUAUCAUCAAUCUUGUACCGAGGAAUAUGUAGCUAUCACUGAAGAAGGUUCCAUGAAUACGUCCCAAGAAGGUAAUAUCUUAGAGAAUAAGGCUGUAAUGCCUGAUAUUGAUUCAGGGACUGCUAAAGAUGUCAAGAACUUGAGUUACCUUGUAUCAAACACAUCAAACAGGGAUGAGGUCACAAAUUGUAAAACCGCAUGCAAUUACUUUAUACCAAGAGACUAUUUGGUGCUUGAGAUGAUAAUAGGUGAAGGUGAGUUUGGUUCAGUCUACAAGGGACUUCUUAUUCAACCAGAAGCUAGUAGUGGAUUAUCUCAAAAACGUCGAGAAAUCGCAAUUAAAACAUUACGUGACGAUCACUACCCUUCGAAUAGCCGGGAGUUCUUACGAGAAGCGUCCGUUAUGAUACACUUAAAACACCACUGCAUUGUCCAAUUGAUUGGUAUUUCAAAGGAGGAAACCCUUAUGAUGGUGCAGGAGUUGGUGCCUUUAGGUUCGAUGCUGCAUUUUAUCUUAGAACAAAAAGACACUAUAAGAGUUCACUAUGAGUUAAAAUUGUGGGCUUCGCAAAUAGCAUGUGGAAUGGAGUAUCUGGAAUCUAACCAUUUCGUGCAUCGAGAUUUGGCCGCUCGCAACAUAUUACUCGCUUCUCGAAAUCAAGCAAAAAUUAGUGAUUUCGGAUUGUCCCGCGCGCUUGGAAGCGACGGCGGGUGUUACCAAGCUAGCCAAGGCGGCAAGUGGCCCAUUAAGUGGUACGCUCCGGAAAGUUAUAACAAUGGGCUUUUUUCGCAUGCCAGUGACGUCUGGUCUUUUGGAAUUACACUUUGGGAAAUGUUUUCUUUUGGUAAAGCUCCAUUCGGAAAUAUCCGUGGAGUUGACGCAAUUCAAUUAAUUGAGAGUGGAUACCGCUUGCCACAACCACCGCUUUGUCCAAUUUAUAUUUACAAAAUAAUUCAAAGUUGUUGGAAUUACAAAGCUAAGGAUAGACCUACAUUUCACUAUCUAACUGAUUUUUUUUCCCGCGAUCCGGAUUAUCAGAAUAUAGUUGAACUUAUUAAAACAACCCAUAUUAAUUAAGUUUAGAACGGGAAUUGCAAAUAGCAAAUCUUAAGUAAUAAGAGAUCAAUAAUCAUUUUCUUUUCUCUUUAAAGUGCAAUUAAUGUUUCUGAAAACGUAUAAAAAGAGGGAAAAUUUGUAUUGAAUAAAAAGCAUCACAAUGUUGAUAU